CCUGGUAAAUGCAGGUUUCUCUUGGAUUUGUGAAACAGCCAGUUCUCCCAGGGCCAUACACAGUGUGGGAUGGCAGUAAUCAAGUCACCCACCUGAAAUGUUGUUUUCUGCUUAAUUGCUGAGCUUCAGAAUACAGUUUUAAUGUUUAAUGUUUUCUCUGUUUAGCUCUUCUCACUGAUGGAGAUGAAACCUCCUAUUUCCCGAGCAAAGAUGAUUCUCAUCACAAAAGCUGCCAUUAAAGCUAUUAAGCUCUACAAGCAUGUUGUCCAGAUUGUGGAGAAGUUUAUCAAAAAGUGCAAGCCGGAGUACAAAGUGCCGGGCUUGUACGUCAUCGACUCCAUCGUGCGGCAGUCCCGGCACCAGUUCGGAACAGACAAGGACGUCUUUGGGCCCAGGUUCUCCAAGAACAUUACUGCCACAUUCCAGUAUUUGUAUCUGUGUCCAUCUGAAGACAAGAGUAAAAUAGUUCGUGUCCUGAACCUCUGGCAGAAAAAUGGAGUAUUUAAAAUUGAAAUAAUUCAGCCUCUCUUGGAUAUGGCAGCAGGAACCAGUGCCGCUGCACCCAUGGCAGAGAAUGCUACUAACAAUGAAGGUUCGCCGCCCCCUCCGGCCAAGGUUCCCUCGGAGCCCCCGCAAGUGACCGCGAACUCCGUGCCCAGUGUGCCACAGCUGCCCAGCUCCGAUGCCUUUGCAGCUGUAGCCCAGCUGUUCCAGACAACACAGGGACAACAGCUCCAGCAAAUCCUGCAGACCUUCCAGCAGCCUCAGAAGCCCCAGUCACCGGUCAUAGACAACACUGUGAUGGCUCAGGUUCAAGCUAUUACUGCUCAGCUGAAAACCACAGCAGCACAGCCCCCAGAGCAGAAAGCUGCUUUCACAGCACCUGAGCAGAAAACAUCAUUUGACAAAAAGCUGCUAGAUCGGUUUGACUAUGAUGAUGAACCAGAAGCAGUGGAAGAUUCAAAGAAAGAAGAUUCAGCUCCUUCCCCUUCAGUGUCUCAGCCAGCUUUUGGGUUUCCAGGAGAAGGUAUGCAACAGCCAGUAUUUCCUCAGCUCCCAAAUAUGGAUCCUUUUCAGCAGCGGAUGAUGGGAAUGCAGCAGGAUCCAAUGCGGCACCAGGUGCCACUUCCUCCGAAUGGGCAGAUGCCAGGUUUUGGUCUCCUGCCUACCCCCCAGUUCCCACCCAUGGCUCAGCCAGUGAUGCCUCCAGCAGCACCAGUGCAGCCAACUUUCCAGUCUCCCUUCCCAGUCCAGGCUGAACCACACCUGCAGAAACCCCACCAGCAGGAUAUGGAAGUGGAACAGCCGUCUAUUCAGGAGGGAAAACGGCAUGUUUCCGACAGUAGGAAAUCAAGAUCUAGAUCUGCAUCAAGGUCCCCCAAGAGGAGACGCUCGCGGUCGGGCUCGCGCUCCCGGCGCUCGCGGCACCGCCGCUCCCGCUCGCGCUCCCGAGAGCGGCGCCGGCACUCGCCCAAGUCCCGCUCCCAGGAGCGGCGCGAGCGCGAGCGGGACAGGGAGCGCCGCUCCAAGGGCCUGCCCCAGAUCAAGGCAGAGACCGUCAGCGUUUGCAGUACCACGCUCUGGGUAGGACAGCUCGACAAAAGGACAACUCAGCAGGAUGUGGGAAGUCUCUUGGAGGAGUUUGGCCCCAUUGAGUCGAUCAAUAUGAUACCUCCCAGAGGAUGUGCCUACAUUGUCAUGGUGCACAGACAAGAUGCCAACAGAGCCCUCCAGAAACUGAGCCGAGGCAACUUCAAAGUCAACCAGAAAUCCAUCAAGAUUGCCUGGGCUCUGAAUAAAGGAAUAAAGCCAGACUACAAGCAGUAUUGGGAUGUAGAAUUGGGUGUGACUUACAUACCAUGGGACAAAGUCAAACCUGAAGAUCUUGAGAGUUUCUGUGAAGGAGGAAUGCUGGACAACGAGACCCUUAGUCCAGAGUGGAAGGGAAUUCCCAAGAAGUCUGAGAACGAAGUAGCUCAGAAUGGAGGCGCAGAAGCUGCACACAAUGAACCAGUGUCACCUAUUCCCAAAGCUUUACCUGUCCCAAUUCCCGUUCCCAUGCCUGCACCAAUAACAGUACCUCCUCCACAGGUUCCCCCCCAUCCAUCAGGGCCUCCUGUGGUUGGUGCACUCCAGCCCCCUGCUUUCACAGCACCUUUAGGGAUCCCCCCUCCUGGAUUUGCCCCUGGGGUGCCACCGCCGCCGCCGCCUCCGUUCCUCCGGCCCGGCUUCAACCCGCUGCAUUUACCUCCAGGAUUCCUUCCUCCCGGGCCACCGCCUCCCAUAACUCCUCCGGUCUCUGUCCCGCACACUCCGGCAGUGAACAUCCCAAACUCUACAGCAACUGGUGGGAAUGAGGACACUACCAAGGAGUCAUCUGUAGGAAAUCCCAUCCCAACAGUAGUUUCUGGAGGCAGAGGGAAUGCUGAAAGUACUGACACUUCCAAAAUCUAUGGCACUGUUCCACCUCCUGUAGCACCUACCAAUGUCCCUGCUCCCGUCACCCAGGCUGUUCCACUCCUUGGUAAGUUCCCUCUUGGGUAA